AUGAACCAGCGUUCCGCACUGCCCUGCUGUGCGAGCGCUGUGGAAGCCGUGCGAGAGCUGUGGCAACUUCUUCAAGCCAAUUUCGACGUUGUGAAGUACACGGGCAAGGUGCCGGUCCAAGACAUCGAUCUCUACUUCUGCACCCUGGUCUACGGGAGCAAGACCGCCUUCACCUCCAUCCACGCCUUGUGGGACAAGUUCGAGGUGGGCGAGAAAGGCUACAUGACCAAGGACGAGUGGUUCAACCUCUGCACGCGUGUCAGAACGAAGCUGCCCCUCCACAUCCAGGAGGAGAUUUGGGAUCUCCUCACCUGGCGCAACAAGACCCAGCUUGCGAAGUGCGACUUCGUGGCGGGCUGGCACUCCCAUGACCUGGAGGUCCGUGAUGCGCACCUGCGGGCGAUGGCAGAGGUGAUGAAGCUAGAGUACUACAGCAUGUCUCUGGAUGAGCUGCAGGCGAGGAUCAGGACCCGGCUGGCGGAGGACUCCGAGACGGCCAACUUCUCGGGGAAGACGAAGGCCAAGAUUUUGCUGCCUCCCGGCGAGGGUGAGCGCAGAGCACGCGGACAUCGGGCCUAG